AUGGACACCAUCGACGAGGAAUAUGACCGGCUUGUUGAACACCUUCACGACUGCGCGAAGAAGGCUGAGAGUUUUAGAACCACCAAGAAACGCCUGUCUCUUAAAACUCUUGAGCUGAUGCGGCAGCGUGGAGCAGCACAAGCCGCAGGAAACCAAGCUCGACGUCCGAGCUCGCAAGGCUUUGCAGAGAGGCGAGGUUUUCCCGUCCGAAAUACGACACGUUAUCAUGUUGGUAAGAAAUCGUACGCCGUCCGGUCCCGACAGAAUAAGGCCAGAACACCUGAAGAACCUUCCGCCAGUACUCAUCAACACCCUGGCGAGGCUCUUUACACGUUACCUGUCGAGAUGCAAGAUUCCUAA